CGCCCCGCCCCGCCCCGCCGGGAGAGCGCGAUGGCGGCGCGCGCCCGCGGCGGCACCUGAGCGCAGGAUGAAGGAGUGGUGGGUGCAGGUGGGGCUGCUGGGCGUGCCCCUCCUCGCCGUCUACCUGCACAUCCCGCCCCCCCAGCUCUCCCCGGCGCUCCGCUCCUGGAAAUCCUCCGGAAGCUUCUUCACCUACAAGGACCUGAACAUCUUCUACAGAGAUUCCAGCGGCGCCGUCGGCAGCUCCGACAUCGUGGUGCUCCUCCACGGCUUCCCAACGUCCAGCUACGACUGGAGCAAGAUCUGGGAAGGGCUGACCCAGCGCUUUCACCGGGUGAUUGCCCUGGAUUUCCUUGGAUUUGGGUUCAGUGACAAGCCUAGGCCCCAUGGCUACUCCAUCUUCGAGCAGGCCACCAUCGUGGAGGGGCUGCUGCGGCACCUCGGGCUCCGGCACCAGAGGAUCAACCUCCUGUCCCACGAUUACGGGGACACGGUCGCCCAGGAGCUGCUCCACAGGUCCCCGCCACCCCUCCUGCCCUUUGUUGUCUCCAUCAAGAUGAUUCUCAGCAGGUAUGAGCACAAUAAAACUGGAAGCAUCCUGAUCAACAGCCUCUGUUUAUCCAACGGAGGGAUUUUUCCUGAAACACACUACCCCCGCUUCAUCCAGAAGCUCCUCAAGGAUGGGGGGUUGCUGUCCCCCAUCAUCCUGCGGCUGAUGAACUUCUUUUUCUUCUCCGGAGGGCUCGGGGCAGUUUUUGGGCCCUACACGCAGCCCUCGCAGGCGGAAUACUGGGAUAUGUGGACAGCAGUGCGGAAUAACGACGGGAAUCUCGUUAUGGACAGUAUUUUGCAGUACAUAAACCAGAGAAAGAAGCACAGAGAGCGCUGGGUUGGGGCUUUGAUGUCUACCUCGGUCCCACUGCAUCUCAUCUACGGGCCCCUGGACCCUGUGAAUCCACACCCGGAGUUUCUCCAGUUUUACAAGAAGGUGCUUCCCAUGUCCACAGUGUCCGUGUUGGAUGACCACAUCAGCCACUACCCCCAGCUGGAGGAUCCCACGGGAUUCCUGAAUGCUUAUCUGAAUUUCAUCAACUCCUUCUGAGCUGCUGCAGCUCAGUUCUGACCCUCUGCUUCCGAGUCAGGCUUUGGGGGCAGGAAAAACCCCCUUGAUUUUAUCUCCCACAUCCAACACUGCACUCACACCCUCAUCCUGGGCUGCCAAACAGAGUUAAAUCCUUGGAGCACUGGAAAAAUGAGGGGAAAAGCAGGAUGCUGACAGCUCUUCCAACCCUCUACUCCCCUUCUUGCCCAGCUUCUGUAUUUAGAGAGGCAGGGGUUUAAAUUAGCAUUAAACGUGUUCCUUCCUUCCAUCCUCACCCUGACUUGGGAAGAAACACCAGUUCAUCAGCAGGUCCCUCCAUCCCCUUCCCUUCCCAGUUUUCCAUAUGGGAUUUUUUCCCAAUUUGAACCCAGGAAAAGGCUGCCCUGGGGUUUGGUAUUACCUGACAUAAGGCUCAGAGAAUUGAAUCUGCCUCAAGAGAUGGAGUUUUAUCUCUCUCUGUACAUUGAUUUUUCUGUGUGGAAGAAGAGACAGUCACAAAAAUAUUGCAAAUUUGGAGGUUUGGGGUGGGUUUUAAUUGUUUAUGUUGGGAAUUUAAUAGCAUCCCUUUAGGAAUAAGAGGAUUUUGCUUCAUAAACAGCCACGAUGGGCUAUUUUUUCUGUACUGGAGCAGACAGAAUUAGAACAAAAAAAUUCUAUUUUAUUAACAGUAAUUCAUAUGAAUUCCACCACUUGAACCAGUGUUUAUUUUCUGUUAAUAAAAAGCAAUUUUGACAAAAAUCUGA